AUGAUCAUAUCUGGUCCCUGGCAGAGGGAGGCUGUGUGGAGGGGUUUUGUGGAGCGUAUUAAUAAGACAGUGGGAGAACUGGGAGCUGGUGGGACUGAACCAGUUCAUCUGUGGUAUGAAAGCUGAGGAGACUGGUCAGCUCAACACUGACGCCUUCAGGUCAGACAUGGACCGUGUGUGUGUGUGUGGGUGCGUGUUUUAUAAUGUGUUGUGUAUCUCUAUAGGGUGGCAGUACAGUCGGUGGGUCAGGUGCAGUGCCCCCUGGCAGUAACAGAGCUUCUGAAGCAGCGUGCCGUGGCUGUGUUUGGAGAACCACAGGGCUGGACCGAGGCUCAGGUCAACUCUCUGGGCAACAUCAUGGGUCAGAUACACUCCUCGGUUCCCCUCUCUCUCGCUCUAUUGCUCUCUCUUAUUUUGUGAAAUACAUUUACAAAUGUAAGCCAUUUCUCAUCCCUCCUCCCCCUCUCUCUUUUUCAUCUCACUUUUCUCCAGCUGGUUUGAGUUUGUCAGAGUUUCCUUCUCUCAGUCCCUCUGCCCUCUCGUUCCUCAGUCCGACCAGCAUUCCUCUCAUCCCCCCAGACCGCCUCGCUGUGAGUACACUCUCUCCCUCCCUCUCUCUCUCUGCUGUGUUCCACUGAGGUUUUCUAAUUACUAGGUGUAAGGGAAAAAAUUGGUGACAUUGGAACCCAGCGCUCCCAUAACGCUGUAUUCUCUUCUCAUUUCUGAUCAGGCACUCUCAACCAGCCAGCUGAAGGCCCUGGGUCCUGACAAUGCUGCCAUGGUAACUGCUGCACAGAUGGUGGUACUGGGGGAGGCGCAACGGGCCGCUCUUGGCAACGCUCUGGGUGUGGCCUACGACCGUGCAGAACCGACUACAAACCCACCCAGCAACCUGCCUCAACGCUCAGGUGAGAGGAAGGGAGGGGACUGGGCGGGGAGAGAUGAUUUUUCCCAGUCAUAUGCUGGUAUUUACAAAUUUCCAAGAUGUUAUGAACACAGCAGGAGUGAGAGAUGGAGAUAGGGAGAGAUAAAGGAAUGCUCCCCAGUCAGGUAAGAGAUAAAGAGUUGAUUAGAUUAUGAGAGGAAGAAACAGAAAUGAGGAUGGAUAGGCAGGAGAGAGAAGUCAAGUGGUGUAAAACAUAGUGUAAUGCCUUUUUUCCUCCACCAGGAGCAUCUAUGCUGGGAACUCUUGGAGUUGAAGUAUUUAUGCAACCCUUCUUGUUCCUACUGCUGGGGUUUGUCCUGUAG